AUGGCUUUCUUAAGUAAAGUUGGAAGGAUAUUUAGUCAGACUAGCGCUCAUGUAACUGCCUCUAGCUCGAUGCUACAGAGCAUCCGUUGCAUGUCUUCGUCAAAAAUCUUUGUUGGAGGUAUCUCCUACAGCACUGAUGAGUUUGGAUUAAGAGAAGCUUUCAGCAAAUACGGAGAAGUUGUUGAUGCGAAGAUUAUUGUGGACCGUGAAACUGGCAGAUCGAGGGGGUUUGCUUUCGUGACGUUUACUUCAACCGAGGAGGCUAGUAAUGCCAUGCAAUUGGAUGGACAGGACCUUCAUGGUCGAAGAAUUAGGGUGAACUACGCGACUGAAAGAGGAGGUGGAUUUGGUGGUGGCAAUGCGGGUGGUUACGGUGCUCCAGCUGGUGGUUAUGGAGGCGGUGGCUACGGAGGUGGUGGUGGUGGCUACGGAGCUCCAGCCGGUGGCUAUGGAGGUAACUCUGCUUAUGGAGGAAACGCUGGUGGUGGUGGUUACGGAGGUAACUCUUCUUAUGGCAAUCCCGUUGGUGGUGGUUACGGAGGUAACUCUUCAUCUGGCGGCAAUCCCGUUGGUGGUGGUGGUGGUGGUUAUGGAAGCAACUUUGGCGGUGGAUAUGGUGUUGCUGGUGGCGUUGGCGGAAGCGACAACUUUGCCCAAGGAAGCUCCACUAGUGCUGGAUUCGAUGACAAGUUUAGCAGCAACGAGCCAUUAGGCAAUGAUACGGAUCAUCAGCUUGAAGGCGGUGAAGAACAGUUCGGUGGCAGUGACAAUCAGUUUGGUGACUCAGACAACGGCAAAACAGAGAAUGGGUUUGACCAGACAGACGAUGGCGAUGAUGUUGCCAAGAGAGCUUAA